AUGACUUUUCUUUAUAUUAUUGGAACAUUACUAUGUUUUUUUGGAUAUAUUAUUGGAUAUAAUCAAAAACAAGAAAUUGUUUUUAAUCUUUAUGGCUAUGGUAUAGGAGGAAUUUUACUACUUGAUAGUAUUUUAAUGAAUAUUAACAAAUAUCUUAUAAAAGAAAGUCAAAAAUUACCAAGAUUUUAUUUUGAUGAAGUUGAAAAUAUUAAUUAG